UCCAAAUAAAGCCCUUCCCUCUGUUCCUCCUUCAGUCAUCGACAUAUCAUAUCUUUUCAGACUUUCAGCACCAGAGAGACUCCCAGUUCUAUCAAUCUCUUGCAGAGUACGUUGUUGGAGAGCACUACUUCUUGGGCUAGGGUCAGAAAAAGGGAAGAGUACGUAGUGAACAAGUAAAGAAUCAUGGCCGGAACGUUUAGAAAAUGCAUGAUGCUUUGUUGCACAGCAAAGGUCACGAAGGAAGAAGACAUGGCUUACGAGGAUGCCAUUGCCGGACUUUCGAAGCUUCUCAGUGACAAAGCUGACCUCGAAGGCGUCGCCGCCGCCAGGAUCAACCAGAUAACCGCCGAGUUGGAGAGGGCCGGGUCGGAUGGGUUUGACCCGGUCGAGAAGCUCAAAAGCGGGUUCGUCCACUUCAAGACGGAGAAGUUUGAGAAAGAUGUAGACUUGUACGGCCAGCUCGCCAAAGGCCAAAGCCCCAAGACAAAAUACUCGGGAGUGGGGGCGGCCAUUGAAUACGCAGUGUUGCAUCUCAAGGUGGAGAAUAUUGUGGUGAUCGGGCACAGCUCCUGCGGCGGUAUAAAGGGGCUCAUGUCGAUCCCGGACGAUGGGACCACCGCGAGUGACUUCAUUGAGAAUUGGGUCAAAAUCUGUGCGCCAGCAAAGACCAAGGUUAAAUCAGCAUGCGGUGACUUAACUUUUGCAGAGCAGUGCACCAGCUUGGAGAAGGAGGCUGUGAAUGUGUCACUUGCGAACUUACUGACAUACCCGUUUGUUAGAGAGGCCGUGGUCAACAAUAAGCUGGCUCUGAAGGGUGGAUACUAUGAUUUUGUCAACGGUGGUUUCCAGCUCUGGGAUCUUGAUUUCAAUAUUACACCCAAUGUGAUUGUAUGAGCAUCACACAUUAUCGAGAAUCCUCCCUUUUAUUUCAUUAGAAUUUACCCCACAGGCGCAUCUUUUGCAUCUUCUUUUUGGAACUACAGUUUGGCAAAAUAAUAGUCUUUAUGGCCCGUGUCAUAAGAAAAUAAUGUAAGUAGUUUGGCAAGUUUCUCUUUGUUCAUAUGUAAAGUUUCUCUUUUCUGUAUGUGGUCAUCUUCCUAGCUUCAAGCUUGUUGAAUUAUGUAUACAAUGGUUGUUCAAUGACCAUGCACAUUUGAAGCCAAUGUUCGGCUUUAAAUUUUUCAUUCU